AAAUCGUGUCCUCCGUUUAACGAGUGACCUCCGCCUUCCUCUCUCCGCUAAUCUCGUUGCUUUCGUGUUUCAUUUUCCACGGACUGGACUCUCCCGCGGGUUUUUAAGGCAGAUUGAAAGCCAUGACAUCACCUCCCUCCCUCCCUCCUCCGGGCGAAGACAUAAAGACCGAGAGGUAGCGGCAAGGAAAAAGUACCGCUGCCGGUGAUGUUGGUGCUGAUGUUGCAGAGCUCGCCAAGGACACUCGGCAGAGCCUUCACUGCCGCCGCGAUCUCCCUUUUCUCUUCUUCUUCCUCCUCCUCCUCUUCCUCUAUUGUCGAACUCCCGGCUUGCCCCUGCCGCCAGCACCUUGACGCCGCCCGGUUUCUCCCCCAUGCAGACGGCCCCGGCGUCGAUCCGUGGGCAAACGGGAGCUAGCAACGCCCGCGUCGCGCAGCAUGCCCUGGGGGGUUGGCUUCGCCUCAUCCAGGUCGUGCGUGGUGGAUCUAAGCAGGAAUCAAAGCCUUUGGUGCGAGGGGUCCGACGGUCACUUUUCCUUUUAUGGGGAAAUCCUUGCUUUCCCACUGCAGGAUUACGGCGGGAUCAUGACAGGGCUGGGAUCUGAUUCGUGGUGGAAGAAAACCCUUUAUUUGACUGGGGGGGCCCUGCUCGCCGCUGCCGCCUAUCUGUUCCACGAACUCCUGGCUAUUAGGAAAGAACAAGAAGUCGAUUCAAAAGAUGCCAUCAUCCUACAUCAAUUCUCAAGGCCAAAUAAUGGCAUUCCCAGUUUAUCUCCUUUCUGCUUGAAAAUGGAGACUUACUUGAGGAUGGCUGAUUUGCCUUACCAGAACUACUUUGAUGGAAAGCUUUCUCCCCAAGGGAAAAUGCCGUGGAUCGAAUACAAUCGCAAAAAGGUAUCCGGCACAGAGUUCAUUAUUGAUUUUUUGGAAGAGAAGCUUGGAGUGAAUUUAAACAAACACCUUGGCCAACAUGAGAGAGCUGUUUCUAGAGCAGUAACAAAAAUGGUGGAGGAGCACUUCUACUGGACCUUAGCCUAUUGCCAAUGGGUGGACAAUCUCCAUGAGACCCAGAAGAUGCUUUCUCUUGGUGGGCCCUUUAGUGACCUACUGAAGUGGAUUCUCUGCCACAUAACCAAAGGAAUUGUGAAGCGGGAAAUGUACGGACAUGGCAUUGGCCGCUUCUCUGAGGAAGAAAUAUACAAGCUGAUGGAGAAAGAUAUGCGCUCGUUGGCCAAUCUUCUGGGCGAUAAAAAGUACAUCAUGGGACCUAGGCUUUCUACUUUAGAUGCUACGGUGUUUGGUCAUCUGGCUCAAGCAAUGUGGACGUUGCCUGGAACUAGACCGGAGCGACUCAUUAAAGGAGAAUUGAUUAACCUAGCUAUGUACUGUGAGCGGAUAAGAAGGAAAUUCUGGCCAGAGUGGCAUCACGAUGAAGACAACACGCUGUACGAAUCAGAAGAGAGCAGUGAAGCAAGCAAAAGCCACCCACUGCUGGACUUCAGCUUUUAUUCAAGGACAGAAACAUUUGAUGACGAAGGACCUGAAAACAGUUUUUCCCGAACGCCUGAUACUGAUUACACAGGGCACUCCCUCUUUGAUUCUGACGUGGAUAUGGAUGACUGCACAGAUCAUGAACCGUGCAAAUGACGUAUCUAAAAUACCCUGCGCCAUUUUGUGUCAGAAGCAUCAGUACUUCUUGGGACUCAGGCAAACUGACUCAGGUUUCAAAGAGCCCCUUGUUGGUUAGGAAGAGACUGUUACGCGCAACACUAUCUUCAUCUGUUCCUUGGACCAUUUCAUCUUUUUUCCAUCGUAGGAGAGAGUCCCCGUGGAUCCUAGGCAAACCGGUUUUAAUAACGGUCACUGUGGAAUUGAAAAGAUGACAAGGAAGGUAAUGCGGGUGGGAACAAGGAUUCAGGUUAAAAAAAUAAAUACGCAGAACUUCCCAGAAUGAUGUAGGGAAGCUAAGGGUCAAGAAAAUCUCAUUUGGAUGUUCUAACCUCCUCCUCAGUGGACUUCCUGUCCCCCCCCAGGGUACGUUGCGGUGAAAUCAGCGCAGUGAGCAACAGUAACGUCUUUCCACUGUGGGUGUGCCAGUUGACCCCUUGCACAGAUGGUAAAACAGGUUCUUCGGAGACGUGGUCUCGAGGAAAUGUUUCGCAAAAGAAAAAAGUAACGUUUGUUUUUGCAUUGAAAUCAAUCAUUUAGCGGUCCUCUCUGAUCAAAUGUAUUUUUUUAAUUUUUAAAUGUAUUUUGAUAGCCUUGCAUUUUUGAAGGAGAAAAUGCAUCCUCCUUGGUUUGUUUCUUUGUAUCGAUUCUGCUGCUGUAAUUAUUCAGACUAGAAUAUAAUAAUUAUACCAAAAAUAUUGCAAGAUCAAGUUAUAUGAGGGUGAAGAAUUGGUUGGGCAUAUUGAAGCAGACUUGAUUCUCGUUGGCCACCAGAACGCAGAAGCAGACAGUCUUUACCCAAGAGCAGUUGCCAACUUUUACUUUCUUUCAUUGAGAUGUAUGAUUGCAGUCAUUUAUUUCUGCCUUGGAUUUAUGCCCUGCCUUUCCACUUACACAAGGAGCCUCUUAGUAAGAUCUUGCAAUAGACUGCAUCUUCCCACUGAUAGCAUUCCAGUCCACGAAUGUCUUUCCAUGCAACACCUAUUGAUUAUAAUCAUAGCAAGUUUUUUGUUCGGGGCCAAUCACCUGGACAAUCAGGUUUGGCUAGAUGCAUAUUGCAAACAUCUACUAUAUAGCGGGGUAUAGUAUAAGAGUUUAUAUGUAAAAUACAGGUAGUUCUCGACUUGCUACACUUCGUUUAGUGACCCUUCAAAGUUACACAAUGACAUUGAAAAA